GACACCAGACGGGAAACCGAAAGCUGUAUGCAAUAUUGUACAGACGUUACGACAUGUCAACGUGAUAUAAACCUAGAUACAGUCAACAGAUUACAAUAGAAUAUUUCAAAAUUAUAAUUAUUGCAUCUCUCAACUCAACAGAAGAACUAAGAAAUGGCUACAGACGCAGAAAAACUUGCUAAAUUGACAAUGAACGAAAACUCUGGUGAUGUUGUCAACCCAUGGAAUGUUUCAAGUUCUUCGCAAAAGGGCGUAGACUACGACAAAUUAAUAAAUAGAUUUGGAAGUUCAAAAAUUGAUGAUGCACUUCUUAAAAGGAUGGAGAAAGUUACAGGCAAACCUGUUCACCAUAUGCUAAGGAGAGGCAUCUUCUUCUCUCACAGAGAGAUGAACUUAAUUCUGGACGCUGUGGAGAAGGAUAAACCAUUUUACCUCUACACAGGGAGGGGUCCGUCAUCAGAAGCCAUGCAUUUAGGACAUCUCAUCCCUUUUAUUUUUACCAAGUGGCUGCAGGACACAUUUGAUGUGCCAUUGGUCAUCCAGAUGACCGAUGACGAAAAGUUUCUGUGGAAGGAUCUGACACUUGAAGAGACCAAUAAACUGGCGCACGAAAAUGCUAAGGAUAUCAUCGCUUGUGGCUUUGACAUUGAAAAAACGUUUAUUUUCAGUGACAUUGAAUACAUUUCCUCAUGUAGGGAAUUUUACCAGUACAUGUGCGAGAUUCAGAAAAGUGUCACAUUUAACCAGGUCAAAGGUAUCUUUGGAUUUACUGAGAGUGAUUGUAUUGGUAAAAUCUCCUUUCCUGCUAUCCAAGCCACGCCGAGCUUCAGUGGAGCUUUCCCUCAGAUCUUCAAUGGCCAAAAAGAUAUCCCCUGUCUUAUUCCAUGUGCAAUAGACCAGGACCCCUACUUCAGGAUGACACGUGAUGUGGCCCCAAAGCUAAAACUUGAAAAACCUGCGCUUUUGCACUCCACAUUCUUCCCUGCCCUUCAGGGAGCCCAGAGCAAAAUGAGUGCCAGUGAUCCCAAUUCUUCCAUCUUCCUUACAGACACUGACAAACAGAUCAAGGACAAGAUCAACAAGUACGCCUACUCAGGGGGUGGCAGCACUGUAGAGGAACACAAGAAGAAGGGAGGCGACUGUGCAGUUGAUGUGGCUUUCCAGUACAUGAAGUUCUUUUCUGAAGAUGACAGUCGUCUCCAACAGAUAGAGGAGGAGUACACCAAAGGGGAGCUUCUGACUGGCCAUCUCAAGAAGGAAUUAAUUGAAGUGCUUCAAAAAAUUAUAGGGGAACACAGAGAGAAACGAGCAAAAGUCACAGAUGAAAUGGUGAACGAAUUCAUGAAACCAAGGAAACUCAAGUAUGAGUAUAAAAGUGUUAAAACUAAAGUUUAAACUUUUUAUAAGUAUUAGAUUUAAUUUCAUUGACACAUUCUCUCAGUUGAAUUGUAUUUGAACUAGCACAUUCGGCCCAAAUCAUUCGGUGGAUAUUCUGAAUCUUAUUGUGUCCUGAGCUGAUCCGUUAAUGAAAAUUUUCUUGCAGUAAUCUGAUUAGAGUGCUUUUAGUUUAGCUUUACUCAUUAAACAAACAUCAUGGAAAAAAGGCUUCAAAUUGCAGGUUGAGGUUUCAUGGAUGAAAGUGUGAUUCCAUUUUUUUGACUAAAGAUGGGUUUGUAACAAUGGCAAUGUGAAUUACAAGUGUAAUAGUUUAGCUUGUAUUGAAGAACAAUAUGAUAAAACUAUGGUAUGAUAUGCUUUGGUAAUUACGCAUACUUUGAAAGUUGUGGUUUUGAUGCUUGAUACAUUUGUUUUCUUCGAUUUGUUUCAUCUUAUGAAAUAAACAUAAAUGUACUAACAAUAUAUUGUUGUAUAUAAAGAUGAAGAUACACAAACAUUCAGAAACUAAAGAAGUCUUAUCAUUUAUCAUAAUUAUACAAACAAAUUAAUCUGUAACAAAUGGAAAAAUGUAUUAUGGUAAAUAUCAUAUCACCUGGAUGUAUUAUGGUAAAUAUCAUAUCACCUGGAUGUAUUAUGAUAAGUAUCAUAUUCCUUGGAUGUGUUAUGGUAUAGCCCCUUCAACCUGUAAUGAUUUAUAAAGAUGGUGGUGUUUGGUAAUAAUUUGGAAAAAAAACAAGUAUAUGAUUUGAAUGAACUGAUUUUAUUAUAAUAAUGCAAUAAAUAAGUUUGACAAUCUGAUGAUACAGGUUUAUCACCGAAG